AAAAAAGAAAAGAAAAGAAAAGAAAAAGAAAGCGUUUCAAAACAAACAUUUUGUUCAUCAUUUUUGCUAUGGAGAGCACAGAUUCGUCGUCAGGAUCGCAGCACCCACAACUCCCACCGGGGUUCCGGUUCCACCCGACCGACGAAGAGCUCGUCGUUCACUACCUCAAGAGAAAAGCCUCUUCCGUGCCACUUCCUGUCACCAUCAUCGCCGAAGUCGAUUUGUACAAGUUUGAUCCAUGGGAACUCCCAAGCAAGGCGAGUUUUGGUGAGCAAGAGUGGUAUUUUUUCAGCCCAAGAGAUAGGAAGUACCCGAACGGGGCUAGGCCAAAUAGAGCGGCAACUUCUGGGUAUUGGAAAGCCACAGGCACCGAUAAGCCUAUUUUGACGUCUAAUGGAACUCAGAAAGUUGGCGUCAAAAAGGCUCUGGUUUUCUACGGUGGGAAACCCCCAAAGGGAAUCAAAACCAACUGGAUUAUGCAUGAAUAUCGCCUUGUUGACAACAUCACGAAACCCAAGCUUCCCGAUCAUCAUACUUCAACCGACAAGAAAGCCUCUUUACGGCUAGAUGAUUGGGUUUUGUGCCGGAUUUAUAAGAAGAACAACGCCCAAAGACCAAUGAUGGAUCAUGAUAAGGAAGAUUCCAUGGACGCCUUGCUUAUGCAGUCGACGACAAUGCAAACCACUCAGAAUAUUAGCAUUAUUCCGAAACUACCCACGCCGAAGCCGAGUAAUUACACGGCCUUACUCGAAAACGAUGAGAGCUUUUUCGAUGGAUUAUUGUCAUCGGCUGAUCAUCAUCACAGCAGUUCCAUUAACAACAACAAAAACAACGUCCUCGCGGUGAAACGGCUACCGCCGUCGCCGUUUUGGCACGAAGCCGGCGCGGGCCCUCCGGUGGUGGGACCCGGCAGCGCGAAGCGGUUCCACGGCGAUCUCAACAGUGGUACUAGUACCGGCGGUGGCGGGACCGAUUCUGAAAUCAAUAACAACUCUUUUGUGUCUAUCUUGAGCCAGAUCCCGCAGAACAAUACGACGCCCUUUCAUCCGAACGGAGUACUUCUUGGCUCGCAGUUUCAACUUCCGACCAUGAAUUGGAGCUCGUAGAUAUAUACAUAUCGUCAGAUUUAUUGGUAGUGCUUAAUUCUCUUUUGUUGUAACCACACAGCAUUAAAGUUAAUAUACACGUUAUACAGGUCAGUUCUCAUCAAUAUAUUAGAUACAUAUGUUUAAUUUCAA